UUGCCACCUCCGCCACGCCAUUCUUUUCUUUCAUUUUACCGUUAACGAGAAUGGGAAGAAUGCAAUUCCCCUUUGAAAAGUGAUAACCUAGAGAGAACAGUACAGACAGAAAACAACAUCCCAAAAGACCACAUUAAGAAAAUAAAAAACAUAUGUUUGAAAGAAAAAGAAAACAUCGAACUAACCCCAUGUGCCCUUUCUUCCAAGACAUCCAAAGCACAUUCCCACCACCAUCAUUCAGUAGCUGCCACUGAGUUACCGCACCAACAAACACUAUAGCAGAAUUGAAUUAAACCUUUCUUCUUUCCCAACCACGAUGCCUGAAAUGGAUGGUUCCUCUGCCAAACCCCCACAAAUCUCAGAAAUGUUCCAGAAAUUCGCCCUCGCUUUCAAGACCAAAACCUUUGAAUUCUUCUCCGACGAAAACGCUUCUCCCCUUGACGACAUCGACGGUUUCUCUCUCCUUGACUCCACCGAAGAGAUCAUCCCCGACCAAAAAGUCGUCGUCAUCAAGCCCGACCCCGAUCCCUCCCACAAUUUUUCUCCGCCGCCGCGCUCUCCGCCUCCACAAUCCCCUCCGGAAUCUCAAAAUCCGCCACCGCCAUCUCCGCCUCCACAAUCCCCGCCAGAAUCUCGAAACCCGCCGCCGCAGAUCACUCCCCCGGCCCCCAAAUCUCCCGAGCCCGAAAAGGCGCCGGCGUUAACCGAAGCUCAGAUCAAAGAAACGGCAAACGCCCUGAUCUCUUCGGUCUUUGCUGCCGUCUCCGCCUUCGAAGCUUCCUACUUCCAGCUCCAGAGCGCGCACGUGCCGUUCGUGGAGGAGCAAGUGACGAGUGCAGACAAGGUGUUGGUUUCGCAUCUGCAGAGGCUCUCGGAGCUGAAGAAAUUUUACCUCACUCCCGAACAUCGGGGAUUUCCAUUCGGUUCGUGUUUGGAAGCCGAAGUGGAGGAGAAUCAGAGCAAAUUGAGAACCCUCGGCACUGUCUCGAACCGCUUGCAAUGGGAGCUGGAGCAGAAGCAUGACGAGGUGUUAGCCCUAAGAGCCAAACUGGACGAGAUUCACAGGGGUAACGUGAUUUUGUCUAAGAAGCUUUGUGCUAGCGCUUUGAACCCCUCUUCUGAUGUUUUGUUAACUGUUAAGGUGUUCGAUUUAUUGCUGCACGAUGCAUCUAGAGCGACACAUCGGUUUACCAAGAUUUUAAUCGGUUUGAUGAGGAAAGCAGGAUGGGAUUUGGGCUUAGCGGCCAAAGCGGUUCAUCCCAAUGUUGAUUAUGCCAAAAAAGGUCACAACCAGUACGCGCUUCUGUCCUACGUUUGUUUAGGGAUGUUUCAUGGUUUUGACUCCUUAGAUUUUGGAAUGAAAGAAACAGUGUCCAACGAACACGUUUGUUCGGAUGUGGACAAAAGAGACAGUUGUUUGAAGCAACUGCUUGAGCAUGUGUCUAGCAAUCCCAUGGAUUUGUUGAGUAUUCACCCUGGUUGUGAGUUUUCGCGGUUCUGUGAGUACAAGUAUGAGAGGCUCAUCCAUCCAUCGAUGGAGUCGUCCAUUUUUGUCAAUUUGGAGGAGAAGGAGGCUGUGUUGAACUCGUGGCGGUCCUUGAGUAUGUUUUAUGAGGCGUUUGUUGGAAUGGCCAGUGCCGUUUGGACACUGCAUAAGUUGUCCUACACGUUUGAACCCGCAGUUGAGAUUUUUCAAGUGGAAAGAGGAGUGGAGUUUUCUAUGAUAUACAUGGAAGAUGUGACAAAGAGGUUGGCCUGGCCAAACAAGGGAAGGGCCAAGGUCGGAUUCACUGUCCUUCCUGGUUUUAAAAUUGGCACGGUAGUUAUUCAAUCUCAGGUUUAUAUAGGUACUUUCAGAUGUACAGACAAGUCUAACCAGAGUUCUUCUUGAAGUUGUGGGAGUCAAAUGAAUCCUGUUGAUAUUUCCAGUGUUGGGGUUUGUGUCUCCCCUUGAGUGAAACAUACCACUGUUUUGCCAGAAUUUAUCUAAAGACACGCCUAUAUUCCUGAUGAUAUUUGUUUCUUUGUUUGAUGCUGAAGCAGGAGCAGUAACAAAGAUUUCAAGUUCAGUAUUUGGUGCCAAUACAAUGAGGAUCAGUAGUAUUUUUGUUGGUAUUUGUUUAUCUCUUUCAUGGUUUGUUUUAGGUCACUUGUGUAAAUUUAACUGUACAGAAUAUUCCUCUCAUUCUCGGUACAAUAACAACAAAUACAUCAGUAAAUUGUGCAUGUAUCACUUAUUACUUAUAUAUGACAAAUGACAUUGGUUUUCUCAAUACUCAAUAGAAAUUCUUUGUC